AAAACAUAACUUAAAUUAAACUCCACCUCAAGUGUAAGUAAACCUUAAAUAAACCUAAACAAAGGAUCCAAGUCCAAAUCCACCUUAGGACCACACUGAAAGCACUAACGCGCUCCGUGAGCGCGUGUAUUCCACACCCCUAAAAACUAUCUUUUCCAGAUAUCACUUUCCAACUUUCCAUUCUUCUAGGGUUUGAUUUUCUUCCCCGAAUUCAAAACCCUAAUUUCCAACCCCUAAUUCCAGACUAACAACCCUAAUCUCCCCCCUAAUUUCACUGAUUUUCACUUUCGGUCUUCAAUUAGCGUUCUCCAAACUUCUCUUCCCAUAAUCAGAAACCCUAGCUUUUUCCCAAACAGUUUCCAUUUUGGGAUUUUUUUUUUGUUCGAUCAAAGUCAAAGUUACGAUUUUUAUUUCCAUGUAUGGUUGAUCUUGCUAAAAUCCAAGUCACUUCCAUCAAUUACAUCAAGUUCUGCAACUUUUUUCGCGGUUGAAAGCGGCGGCGGUGGCGGCUUCCGACGACUCAUCGAGCGAGAGUUGCCCUGUAUCGGAUCCCUCCGAUAGGGUCAAUGGCUAUGGGUAUUCAAAGUUUGAGAAUCGAGUUAGGUUUAGCUUAAAUUCAUGCUCAAAGAUUGAUUUAAGAAAGCUAAGAGAAAAGCUCAUUAAGGAGCUUGAUCAAGUUAGGUGCUUGGCUAAGAGGGUUGUUGUUGUUAAUAAUAGUAAUAAUAAUAAUAAUCAGCAGAGUGGUGGAACAACUCAUUCUCAGUUUUCUGCUAAUUAUUAUGUAACUAAACAAGUUGAGAGCACAAUGAGGGUGAAUUCUGAGGUGGGUUCUGUUGGGCAUCGCGAUUCGAGGUCAGUUCGAGUUGGAGCAGAGGAUAGCAGCCAUGGUGAUUUUGUGAAUAAGAAGAAGAAGAAGAAGAAGGAAGAGAAUAGUAACAAGAAAUUGAAGUCAUUGUCAUCAUCAUCAUCAUCCAAAGGUGGGAAAAGAGUUGAUGAUGAUCAUCAUCAUGGAGUAGUGAGAUUUGGGCAGAGUAAAGAUAAGUAUUCUAGUCAAUUGUUUAAGAGUUGUGUUAAUUUGCUUGAGAAAUUGAUGAAACAUAAGUUUGGUUGGGUUUUUAAUGUACCUGUAGAUGUUAAAGGGUUAGGAUUACUUGAUUAUAAUUCAAUUAUUAAGCAUCCAAUGGAUUUGGGAACUGUUAAGAGUAGAUUGUUAAACAAAACAUUGUAUAAGUCACCAAUUGAGUUUGCUGAUGAUGUUAGACUUACUUUUAAUAAUGCCAUGUUGUAUAACCCGAAAGGACAAGAUGUUCAUUCCAUGGCUGAACAGUUGUUGAAGAUAUUUGAAGAUAGAUGGGCUGGUAUAGAGAAAGAGUUUAAUCUUAACAAACAAGAUGAAAUUGAUGAUGAUGAUGAAGAUGAUGAUGUGUUGUUGGGAAGGCCUUCAGCUCCUACUCGAAUUCGUUCAGCUCGUUCGACAAUGUCAACCCCGCCAAUGAGAAGUUUUGUUCAGCCCCAACAAGAUGAAAUUAAUGAUGGUGAAGAAGAAGAUGAUGAUGAUGUGCUGUUGCGAAGGCCAUCGGCUCCUUCAAUGCUUUCAGCCCCAGCAAUGAGAAGUUUCAAUCAGCUCCAACAAGAUGAAAUCGAUGAUGGUGAAGGAGAUGAUAAUGAUGUGUUGUUGCGAAGGCCCUCGGCUCCAACUAAGUAUCGUUCGGCUCCUUCAAUGCUUUCAACCCCAGCAAUGAAAAGUUUAGAUAGAGCAGAAUCUGUAACAAAACCAGUGAAUCCCAUUUCGGUAACCACCACCCCAAUACCAAAGAAACCGAAACCUAUGGAAGCUGUUAAAAGAGAUAUGACCUAUGAAGAGAAACAAAUGCUUAGUACAAACCUUCAGAAUUUACCUUCAGAGAAGCUAGACAAUGUUGUUCAGAUCAUUAAGAAGAGAACUCCUGGACUUUCUCAUCAAGAAGAUGAAAUUGAAGUGGACAUUGCUAGUCUUGAAGCUGAAACACUUUGGGAGUUGGAUAGGUUUGUGAACAGUUACAAGAGGAGUUUGAUGAGCACUAAUAAGAGAAAAGAAAUGUAGCUUCAUCUGCUGUAGAGAUAAGUAAAGGAUCCAUAACAGAUUCAGACAAUGAUGGUAAUUCUUCCUAUGGAGAAAUUUUAUUGACCAAAGAAUUAAAUGCUUUUGUUAUGUCAAAGAAGUUUUAGGUAGGAGGAAGAAGUAGCUUCUAUAUAUAUAUAUAUAAAUAUAAAUAUUUAUAUUGUUAUGAUAUUAUUAAGAAAAUGUCAAUGUGAUUGGUCUUUUUAGCUGGUUAAAUUUGGGCUCUCUCUGUUUAUUUUUUGUUUAUGAGCAGCCAGCUUUGUCUUUUGUGUACUUGAAAUUGUUAAUUACAAUUUGAGUCUUUCUCA